CUUUGGCAUAGAUUUGCCUACUUUUUCAACUAUAAAAAUAAGGAGUGCUAACUGUAUGUUAUAAUUUUAUGAAAGAGUUUAAGAAUAAAAAGCUCUUUUCUUUCUCUUUUAGAGUAAGCCAUAUGAGAAGAAAUGAGCCUUUCAUUUUGUGGUAACAACAUUUCUUCAUAUAAUAUCUAUGAUGGGGUAUUACAAAAUCCCUGCUUUGUGGAUGCACUCAACCUGGUCCCUCAUGUCUUCCUGUUGUUUAUCACUUUCCCAAUCUUGUUUAUUGGAUGGGGAAGCCAGAGCUCAAAAGUACAAAUUCAUCACAACACAUGGCUCCAUUUUCCUGGACAUAACCUGAGAUGGAUUCUUACCUUCGCGCUCCUGUUUGUGCAUGUUUGUGAAAUAGCCGAAGGCAUUGUUUCAGAUUCGCGGCGGGAGUCGAGACACCUCCACCUCUUCAUGCCUGCCGUAAUGGGAUUUGUUGCUACUACAACGUCAAUAGUAUAUUAUCAUAAUAUUGAAACAUCCAAUUUUCCUAAAUUACUUUUAGCUCUGUUUCUGUACUGGGUAAUGGCAUUUAUUACAAAGACCAUAAAAUUGGUCAAGUACUGGCAGUCUGGUUGGGGAAUAUCCGACCUGCGUUUCUGCAUCACAGGCAUGAUGGUCAUCUUGAAUGGACUCCUGAUGGCUGUGGAGAUCAACGUCAUUCGAGUCAGAAGAUAUGUAUUCUUCAUGCAUCCUCAGAAGGUAAAGCCUCCUGAAGACCUCCAGGAUCUGGGUGUGAGAUUUCUUCAACCAUUUGUGAAUUUACUGUCAAAGGCAACAUACUGGUGGAUGAACACACUUAUUAUAUCAGCUCAUAAAAAGCCUAUUGAUCUGAAGGCAAUUGGAAAAUUACCGAUAGCAAUGAGGGCAGUAACAAAUUAUGUUUGCCUGAAGGAUGCUUAUGAAGAGCAAAAGAAAAAAGUAGCAGAUCAUCCAAAUCGGACUCCAUCUAUAUGGCUAGCGAUGUACAGAGCUUUUGGGCGACCGAUUCUACUUAGUAGCACAUUCCGUUAUCUGGCUGACCUGCUGGGUUUUGCUGGACCUCUCUGUAUUUCUGGAAUAGUUCAGCGUGUGAACGAAACCCAGAAUGGGACAAAUAACACAACAGGAAUUUCAGAAACCCUCUCAUCAAAGGAAUUUCUUGAAAAUGCUUAUGUUCUAGCAGUUCUUCUCUUUUUGGCCCUUAUUCUGCAAAGGACGUUUUUGCAAGCUUCCUACUAUGUGACCAUAGAAACUGGCAUUAACCUCCGUGGAGCUCUGCUGGCCAUGAUAUAUAAUAAAAUCCUUAGACUCUCUACAUCUAACUUAUCCAUGGGUGAGAUGACCCUGGGACAGAUCAAUAACUUGGUUGCCAUUGAAACCAAUCAACUCAUGUGGUUUUUGUUCCUGUGUCCAAAUCUAUGGGCUAUGCCUGUUCAGAUCAUAAUGGGAGUGAUUCUGCUCUACAAUUUACUUGGAUCCAGCGCAUUGGUUGGUGCAGCUGUCAUUGUGCUCCUUGCGCCAAUUCAGUACUUCAUCGCUACGAAGUUGGCAGAAGCUCAGAAGAGCACUCUUGAUUAUUCCACUGAGAGACUGAAGAAAACAAAUGAAAUAUUGAAAGGCAUCAAACUUCUAAAGUUGUAUGCCUGGGAGCACAUUUUCUGCAAAAGUGUGGAAGAAACAAGAAUGAAAGAACUAUCCAGUCUCAAAACCUUUGCACUUUAUACCUCACUCUCCAUCUUCAUGAAUGCAGCAAUUCCCAUAGCAGCUGUUCUUGCUACGUUUGUGACCCAUGCAUAUGCCAGUGGGAACAAUCUAAAACCUGCAGAGGCCUUUGCUUCGCUGUCCCUCUUUCAUAUCCUGGUCACACCUCUGUUCCUGCUCUCCACAGUGGUCAGAUUCGCAGUGAAAGCCAUCAUAAGUGUUCAAAAGCUGAACGAGUUUCUCUUGAGUGAUGAGAUUGGUGAUGACAGCUGGCGAACCGGUGAAGGUUCUCUUCCUUUUGAGUCCUGUAAGAAACACACGGCAGUCCAGCCAAAAACUAUAAACAGGAAGCAGCCUGGAAGAUAUCACCUGGACAGCUAUGAACAAUCAACACGACGUCUACGUCCUUUAGAGACAGAGGAUAUUGCAAUAAAGGUCACAAAUGGAUACUUUUCUUGGGGCAGUGGUUUAGCUACAUUAUCCAAUAUAGAUAUUCGAAUUCCAACAGGUCAGUUAACCAUGAUUGUGGGCCAAGUUGGAUGUGGGAAGUCCUCUCUUCUCCUUGCCAUCCUUGGUGAAAUGCAGACGCUGGAAGGAAAAGUUCACUGGAGCAAUGUAAAUGAAACUGAACCUUCUUUUGAAGCAACCAGAAGUAGGAACAGAUACUCUGUGGCUUAUGCAGCUCAGAAGCCUUGGCUAUUAAAUGCUACAGUUGAAGAAAAUAUUACCUUUGGAAGUCCUUUCAACAAACAGAGGUACAAAGCUGUCACAGAUGCCUGUUCUCUUCAGCCAGAUAUUGACUUACUACCAUUUGGAGACCAAACUGAAAUUGGAGAGAGGGGUAUCAACCUGAGUGGAGGGCAGAGGCAGAGAAUCUGUGUGGCACGAGCUCUCUAUCAAAAUACCAACAUUGUCUUCUUGGAUGACCCAUUCUCUGCCCUGGACAUCCACUUGAGUGAUCACUUAAUGCAGGAAGGGAUUUUGAAAUUUCUCCAAGAUGACAAAAGGACACUCGUUCUGGUGACUCACAAGUUGCAGUAUCUGACACACGCUGACUGGAUCAUAGCUAUGAAAGAUGGCAGUGUACUAAGAGAAGGGACUUUGAAGGACAUUCAAACCAAAGAUGUUGAACUUUAUGAACACUGGAAAACACUUAUGAAUCGGCAAGAUCAAGAAUUAGAAAAGGAUAUGGAAGCUGAUCAAACAACAUUAGAGAGGAAAACUCUCCGAAGAGCCAUGUAUUCAAGAGAGGCCAAAGCCCAAAUGGAGGAUGAAGAUGAAGAGGAAGAAGAGGAGGAAGAUGAGGAUGAUAAUAUGUCCACUGUAAUGAGGCUCAGGACUAAAAUGCCAUGGAAAACUUGUUGGCGGUACCUCACUUCUGGAGGGUUCUUUCUGCUCUUCCUGAUGAUUUUCUCUAAGCUUUUGAAGCAUUCAGUCAUUGUAGCUAUAGACUACUGGCUAGCCACAUGGACAUCGGAGUACAAUAUAAACAACACUGGAAAAGCUGAUCAGACCUACUACGUGGCUGGAUUUAGCAUACUCUGCGGAGCAGGUAUUUUCCUUUGUCUUGUUACAUCUCUCACUGUAGAGUGGAUGGGUCUCACAGCUGCCAAAAAUCUUCACUACAAUCUUCUCAAUAAGAUAAUUCUUGGACCAAUAAGAUUCUUUGAUACAACACCCCUGGGAUUGAUUCUUAAUCGCUUUUCAGCUGAUACAAAUAUCAUUGAUCAGCACAUUCCUCCCACUUUGGAAUCUCUCACUCGUUCAACACUGCUCUGCCUGUCUGCCAUUGGGAUGAUUUCUUAUGCUACCCCUGUAUUCCUGGUUGCUCUUGUGCCCCUUGGGGUUGCCUUUUAUUUUAUCCAAAAAUAUUUCCGAGUGGCCUCUAAGGAUCUCCAGGAACUUGAUGAUAGUACCCAGCUCCCUCUGCUUUGCCACUUCUCAGAGACAGCUGAAGGACUCACCACUAUUCGGGCAUUUAGGCAUGAAACCAGAUUUAAGCAACGUAUGCUGGAACUGACAGACACAAACAACAUUGCCUACUUAUUUCUCUCAGCUGCCAACAGAUGGCUAGAGGUCAGGACGGAUUACCUUGGAGCUUGCAUUGUCCUCACUGCGUCUAUUGCAUCCAUUAGUGGCUCUUCCAAUUCUGGAUUGGUGGGCUUAGGCCUUCUGUACGCACUUACAAUAACCAAUUAUUUGAAUUGGGUUGUGAGGAACUUGGCUGACCUGGAGGUCCAGAUGGGUGCAGUGAAGAAAGUGAACAGUUUCUUGACUAUGGAGUCUGAAAACUAUGAAGGCACCAUGGAUCCUUCGCAAGUUCCAGAACAUUGGCCACAGGAAGGGGAGAUCAGGAUUCAUGAUCUGUGUGUCAGAUAUGAAAAUAAUUUGAAACCUGUCCUUAAACAUGUCAAGGCUUACAUCAAACCAGGGCAAAAGGUGGGCAUAUGUGGCCGCACUGGCAGUGGGAAGUCAUCAUUAUCUCUGGCUUUCUUCAGAAUGGUUGAUAUAUUUGAUGGAAAGAUUGUCAUUGAUGGAAUAGACAUUUCUAAACUACCACUGCACACACUACGUUCUAGACUUUCAAUCAUUCUGCAGGAUCCAAUACUAUUCAGUGGUUCUAUUAGAUUUAACUUAGAUCCAGAGUGCAAAUGCACUGAUGACAGACUCUGGGAAGCUUUAGAAAUUGCUCAGCUGAAGAAUUUGGUCAAAUCGCUACCGGGAGGUCUAGAUGCAGUUGUUACUGAAGGUGGAGAGAAUUUUAGCGUUGGACAGAGACAGCUGUUUUGCCUUGCUAGGGCCUUUGUCCGCAAGAGCAGCAUUCUUAUCAUGGAUGAAGCAACAGCUUCCAUCGACAUGGCCACCGAAAACAUUUUGCAGAAAGUGGUAAUGACGGCCUUUGCAGACCGCACAGUUGUUACAAUAGCUCAUCGCGUCUCUUCUAUUUUGGAUGCGGGCCUUGUUUUAGUCUUUUCUGAGGGUAUUUUAGUGGAGUGUGAUACUGUUGCAAACUUACUCGCCCACAAGAAUGGCCUCUUUACCACUUUGGUGAUGACGAACAAGUAGACCACCAUGAUCUACUCUGCCAAGUAUCUCAUUCUCUGGUAGUUAUCUUUAGUGGCCUCCUCUCAGGAAUGCGAAGCUAAUACUGGGAUUAAAAGGGUGGCUUUGGGUGAAGGAACUCACCACAGAGUACUAUCACACAAAUUAGUUCAACAAGGUGCUUGGGUUACAUUCAGUACCCAAUGAGGCACAUGCGAAUGUUUUCCAAGGUAUGAAUGCAAGAGAAAGUAAUUGUGAGAGCCUGCAAACCUGAUUGCCUACUCUAAGGAACAAUGCCACAAUUACUUGAGGAUGUUUUUUAGGUAUCUUUAAAUGCCUUACCAGCCUUGAAGACUGCAUUGCUUAAUUAAAAAAAAGAAAAAAAGACUUAAGUUUAACUGCUGAGUAAUGGGAGUUGUGUGUGGAGUGCUUGCUUGGUAUUCCCUUUUCUGUGAAUGAUGAGUGGGAGAAAGAGCACCCAUCGAAGUACAGCUUUUUCAGAGUGGGACAAAAUACUUCCCCAUUAGACCCACCUGCUGCACACUGUGCCUAAGUAAAGAAAAACCCAUUUCCUCCCAGUUUCUCAGUGAGUGCCCUGGUUCCUUCUGCCCUGGGGGAGAGCUUGAGCAAUGCAAUCACACGGAAAUGUUGAUGAUUUCAUAGGUGAGAGAAUUGGCUAACUUGAAAAAUAGUUCUUUAACAUAUUCAAAAAUUUUCACACUGGAGUAGAUAGGGAGAUAUUUUGGGGGAGACGUCACCUUUCUGUUUCCCCUAAAUUAAAAAAAAAAAAAAAAAACAUUAAAAAGGCAGACCCUUAAUUACUAAAAUUCUUGUCUUCUCCACUCUGCAUGAAGCAUUCCAUUGUUGUGCAGUCCUAUUUAGUCUACACUUGGGAGAUUAAAAAAUUACUUGAGCAUAAUUUGCACUUUUAACCAAAAAAUAACACUCUCUUACCAGAUUUGUGUUAUGCCUUCACUGAAUACUUCAUAAAUUUACGUAUCUUUACCCAAUCUUCGUUUCAAGACCAUGGGUUUGGUUUUUUUAGUUAGUGUCAAA